AUGGAAGAUUUCCCACACCACAAAAUCUGCCUUGAUAACUUUAGAAAAUUGAGACCAAAGCGUUUUAUCAAAUUAAGAAGCAAAACUCCACGCAACACAUGUGUUUGCUCCAUCCAUGCAAAUAUGGAAUUUGCGCUGAAAGCGUUAGCUCGUGCCGAUCCCACAUACAAAGAUGUAGCUAUUGGAAAUGACAUGAGCAGAAAUUUUAUUUGCGAUGGUAACAAGGAAAAAUGUUUUUCCAACAAAUGUUGCUUAUGUAAACAUUCACCAGCGUUUUUCGAGAAAUUUCAAGAAAACGAAGUCAAUGCCACAAAAUCGGUGACAUGGGAGCAAUGGCAAAAAGCGCCUGGUGGAGGAAUAUUCUUACAAGUAGAAAGAGUUACGAAGACCGGCACUGAAUCUGACCUGAUCAAGCACAUUAAAGAAAUGAAGGUCAAAUUUUUACUUCAUGUGCUUGUUAAGCGAAACCAGGCAGCGUGCCUCGACUCAUAUCGCCAGCAAGCACAAUCUGAGGAUGCUACAACAGCUGUUCUUCAUGUGGAUUGGUCUAGAAGCUACCUGUGCUUGCAACAAGAUGAAAUUUAUGCUGCUUAUUGGGAGCGAAAAAAACAUCGAGUUUCAAUUUUCACUGCCAUGAUGUGGCAUCGUGGAGAGAAAUCAAUGGCUGUCGCUCUUGAUUCUCAAGACCACACAAAGAAGACGGUUAUUCCUUGCCUCCACAAAUUGUUCAGUGAAGAAAUCCCUGCUACAGCCACAACCAUAUAUUUUCUUCGAUAUGUGUUGACAAGAAUAACAUAA